ACUGCUCUGGGCGGCACGCAGUGCCCCAGUCGCACCAACCACCAAACAGCUGACGAGUACGAGUACACACACGUGAACGCCUGCAUUUCGUCAAAAUGCAGUUCCGUUGACACUUGUACAUUUUUGUGCUUUUGAAAUUAGUGAGCAAGGGAAAGAAAUUUGAGGAUAGAUCUGCUCUAAUAGUUCUACAUCUGCGUCCAUUCUAAAAGGUAUUCUCUACCUCACUAUGGGGGAGACAUCAAAUGAUAAAUUGCCGUCGCAAGAAAUGGAAAAUCCGAAAAAGAAACUGCCUCAGAAGAAAUACUAUCGACAAAGGGCACAUUCAAACCCAAUUGCUGACCACUGCUUUGACUACCCAGUCUGUCCUAGUGAAAUGGAUUGGUCUGAAAUGUACCCAGCAUAUUUUGGUGAAUCUUCCUUAGAAGGAUCGAAUGUGAACAACAGCAAAAGGGUAGAAUUUGCUGAUGUUGGCUGCGGGUAUGGAGGUUUGCUAGUUACUUUAUCAACUAUGUUCCCUGAGUCGCUUAUGGUGGGCAUGGAAAUUCGAGUGAAGGUCUCAGACUAUGUAAUGGACCGAAUUGCUGCCCUAAGAACACAACAUCCUGGGCAGUAUCAAAAUAUUGCAUGCCUGCGAACUAAUGCUAUGAAAUAUUUACCUAACUUUUUUGAAAAAGGACAACUGACGAAAAUGUUCUUCUUGUACCCUGAUCCCCAUUUCAAAAAAGCCAAACAUAAGUGGCGAAUCAUCAAUAAAACUUUACUUGCUGAGUAUGCAUACGUUUUAGCUGUAAAUGCCAUUGUGUACACUGUGACUGAUGUAGAGGAUUUGCACUUGUGGAUGAAACAGCACUUUGAAGAACACCCUCUUUUUGAGCCUAUAACAGAGGAAGAAAAGGUAUCGGAUCCAGUUAUAGAAAAACUUUUCUCAAGUACAGAAGAAGGUCAAAAAGUUGAUCGCAACAGUGGGUCCAAAUUUCUUGCUGUAUUUCGUAGAGUUGCUGAUCCAUAUAUGUCAAAUGAUGGAUCCUAACAUUUAAAACAAAGAAAAAUGAAGAAAGAACUAAAAUUAAUUUGCAAUUUAAUGUUAUGUUUUCUGACAAUAUAUUCUCUACAUUAAAAAAA